AUGACAAAUUUAUUUAUGGCCCGUAUUGUAUUGAUCUCUUUAUUUUUCCUUUUGCUAAACAUUCGUUAUCUUAAAAGCACUCCAAUCGGCUCAUCGCCGCAAGACCACAACCACCACCAAGCCCUUAAAACCAAGACAAACACUUCAUUUAACGAACAAUGGAUAGGAAAGAAUAAUGGGCGGUGACAAAAAAAGAUGGGUAGUUGGUGUAAUAUGAAAGGAUUUUGACCAUGUUGCGCUGUCCAAUCAAUGGAAGGAAUGUGAAAGAUUGGGACAAAAAAAGGAUAAAAUAUUGGGAUUACAAAAAUGUGAAUGAA